AUGCACUACUCCUCCGUCGUCGUCUCCGGCCUCGUUGCCGCCGCCGCCCGUCAAGUCGGUGCCGUCCCGUACCCGAGGUCGGACAACAAGUCGGAACCGGUCUACAAGCCCAUCACCAACAUCCAAUUGGGCCCGAGACCCUACUGGCUGGUCAACGACAUGGACGAAGGCCCCCUCAAGGACAAGCUGCAGUCGUGUACCGAGCAGCCCAUCAAGGCUUCGAGCUGGAGCAUUGGUCAUCGUGGCGGCGGCACAAUGAUGAUUCCCGAGGAGUCCGUCGAGUCCAACCUGGCAGGUGCCCGUAUGGGUGCUGGUGUCCUCGAAUGCGACGUUGCCUUCACCAAGGACCGCGAGCUGGUGUGCCGCCACUCCCAAUGCGAUCUCCACACCACGACCAACAUCGUCGCCAUUCCCGAGCUGAAUGACAAGUGCACCACUCCCUUCAAGGCCGCUUCCAGCGGCACAGCUGCUACCGCCAAGUGCUGCACUUCAGACAUCACUCUCGCCGAGUUCAAGUCGCUCUGCAGCAAGAUGGAUGGUUUCAACGCCUCUGCCACCACGCCCGAGGCCUUCCUCCACGGCACCCCGAACUACCGCACCGACUUGUACGCCACCUGCGGCACUGUCAUGUCGCACAAGGAGCAUAUCGCCCUGACCAACGACCUUGGUCUGAAGUUCACCCCCGAGCUCAAACUCCCCGAGGUCCCGAUGCCCUUCGAGGGCAACUACACCCAGGAGAUGUACGCUCAGCAGAUCGUCGACGAGUACAAGGAGGCUGGCAUCGCCCCCGAGCGCGUUCUUCUUCAAUCCUUCUGGUACCCUGACGUCCUCUACUGGCUCAAGGCCGAGCCCGAGUUCGGCAAGCAGGCUGUCCUCCUCGACGAGAGCGGCGACACCCCCGAGACCUUCCCCGGAGCCGUCGCAAACCUCACCGAGUUCGCUGCCGCAGGUGUCAAGAUCAUGGCGCCCCCUCUUUACUACCUCGUCACCGUCGAGGAUGGCAAGAUCGUCCCCAGCAGCUACGCCAAGAAGGCCAAGGAGCUGGGUCUCAAGCUCGUCUCCUGGUCUCUGGAGCGUUCCGGUUUCUUGGGUGACGGAUCCAAGGGCGGCUACUACUACACCUCCAUCGCCAACGUCACCAAAAAUGACGGCGACGUCUACAACCUGCUCCACGUUCUUGCUCAGGAUGUUGGUGUUGACGCUGUCUUCUCCGACUGGAGUGCGACCGUGACCUACUAUGCCAACUGCUUCGGUCUGUUUUAG